GGAGAACAUACGGACCUUGAAGUGCUCUUAGAACUGAGGUUAAUAAUGUCUCAAAAUGAUCCAAGUGGUUUUCUGGGCCUCUACGGCGCGUGUAGGCACUUAUAUAAAGGGCGAAGUUAAGAUGUGAACAUUGAUUCUGAUAUCGAUUCCUCACAUACACUCAAGAAAGCCCAGUCAAGAUCAAUAAAACUUUUAGAAUAUUUUCAUAUUUCAAUAUUCAAUAUGCAUCUCUCAACCCAUACAUGGAUGCGACCAGAGCCUCUUGAGGUGACUCUGAAAAGAGCAGCCUCCCUGGGCUAUACGUCAAUCGAGCUCGCCGGCGAACCCUCUAGAUACACUGUUAGCGAAACACAGGCCCUGUUGAAGAAAUAUAACUUGUCUUGUUGGGCCACUGUAACUAUCAUGUACGGCUCCCGAGAUCUUUCCGCUGUGGAUCCAACUCAACGGGAGCAGACGGUUAGCUAUAUGAAGAGUGUCGUCGACUUGGCUGCUGGAUUAGGGGCGAAGACAGCGACCGUGGUCCCCUGUACCGUAGGCAAGCUUCACCCAGUAGCUAGCGCGUCUGAGGAAUGGGGAUGGGUCGUGCAAGGCGUACGAGAGGUGGCGCAGUACGCCUUACAGAAGGGAGUACGCAUAGCGAUAGAACCUCUCAACCGAUUCGAGACGUACAUAAUCACCAAUACGUCCCAGGCAUUGCAGCUCAUCGACGAGGCGAACGUACCGAAUCUCGGCGUCGCAUUCGACCCCUUUCACCUAAAUAUCGAAGAACCGGAUCUACUUGCCGCGCUGAGGAAGUGUGGUAAUAGGCUUUAUGACUUCCACCUCGGCGAAAACAAUCGUCUUUCUCCAGGUGACGGCAGCUUGAACUGGCCCUUGAUCGUCCAGACGCUACGCGAAAUUGGCUACGAUGGUGGCCUGGCGCAUGAAGCUAUGCCGCCGAUUGAUCGGUCUUCGGGUGGCCAGUUCGGGCUGAAGCAAUUAGAAGCUGAGCCGUGGGAUGUAGACGAAGGAACUCUGCAGUUUCUAAAAGACCAUGCUAGUGGUGUAUUAAGGGACGACUACUAUACUGCCAUGGUAGCGCGGACGGCAGAAACGAUUCUCCCACUGAUCAGAUAGAUGUAAG